AUGAGUGAGCUGGGCACACACAAGGCCAGCGAAGGUACCGUUUCUCGCCUGCUCAAUGUGGUGGAAAGUGAGCUUCAGGCUGGGAGGGAAAAAGGUGACCCUACAGAGAAGCAACUUCAGAUCAUCCUGGAGGAUGCAGCCCUGUGGCAGCGAUUCAAAGAAGUCACUAAUGAAAUGAUCGUGACCAAGAAUGGCAGACGGAUGUUCCCUGUCCUGAAAAUUAGUGUCACAGGACUGGACCCCAACGCCAUGUACUCCCUCCUGUUGGACUUUGUCCCUACGGAUGGUCACCGCUGGAAGUACGUCAAUGGGGAGUGGGUGCCUGCAGGCAAGCCAGAGGUCUCCAGCCACAGCUGCGUCUACAUCCACCCGGACUCCCCCAACUUUGGGGCCCACUGGAUGAAGGCUCCCAUCUCCUUCAGCAAAGUGAAGCUGACCAACAAGCUGAACGGAGGUGGGCAGAUAAUGCUGAAUUCUCUGCAUAAAUACGAACCCCAGGUUCACAUAGUGCGCGUGGGAGGUGCCCACCGCAUGGUAAUGAACUGCUCUUUCCCUGAAACCCAGUUCAUAGCUGUGACUGCCUAUCAGAACGAGGAGAUCACAGCUCUCAAAAUCAAGUACAACCCUUUUGCCAAGGCCUUCUUGGAUGCCAAGGAAAGAAACCACCUAAAAGACAUUCCAGAGGCUGUUGCUGAGGGCCAGCAUGUGGCCUAUUCUCACUUGGGAGGCUGGAUCUUCUCCAACCCGGAUGGUGUGUGCACAGCGGGAAACAGCAACUACCAGUACGCAGCUCCUCUGCCCCUGCCUGCCCCCCACACUCACCAUGGCUGCGAGCACUACUCUGGCCUCCGAGGACACCGGCAGGUGCCCUACCCCUCUGCCUACGUGCACAGAAACCAUUCUCCCUCAGUGAACUUGAUAGAAAGUUCAAGCAGCAAUCUGCAAGUCUUCUCAGGACCUGACAGCUGGAAUUCCUUGUCCUCCACUCCCCACGCCAGCAUCCUGUCUGUACCCCACACCAAUGGACCAAUCAACCCAGGGCCCAGCCCCUACCCAUGCCUGUGGACGAUCAGCAAUGGAGGCGGAGGUCCUGCAGGCUCGGCCGCGGAGGUCCAUGCCAGCGGCGCUGGGGCGUUUCUCCUGGGAAACCCAGCCGUGACUUCGCCCCCCUCAGGGCUGCCCACGCAGGCGGCCGCUUCGGCAGGUGUGGAGGUCCUGGGAGAGCCCGCGCUCACCAGCAUUGCGGUGUCCACCUGGACGGCGGUGGCCUCGCAUCCCUUCCCAGGCUGGGGUGGCCCGGGUGGGGCUGGGCGCCACUCUCCCUCCCCUUUGGACAGUUAGGAAGGAUCCGAGGAGCCCCUGUUGGCGGAGGACCCCGGAUGUGUGUAGUCUGAGAAACCCCAUCUGCCGACUCCAGCGCCUCCAGGUCAGCGUGUCCUGGAAGUCCUCCCCGAGAUAGGCUGGUGUGGAGGAUGCGAAGCACAUCUCCCCUCCACUUUCCUUUGCACUCGCAUGUUCUCUAGGCUUCUCCUUGCUGCACUUAGGCGACGAAAAUCCACCAAAUCACUUCUUGGUUCCCUGCCCCUUACCUGCAAGUGGUUGCUGAAAGCCUCCCUUCCUUUUCUCUGGAAGUGGUGUGAAGCUGUGAGCUCAGAGUUCACCCAGCAAGGCCACUCUGUCCUGUUUUGUGCAGCCCUGGAAAGUGUGUGGCCACGGGGCCUGGGCUGGCUUCUGCUCUGGGACUGAGACAGAUGUGAGCCUGCACAGUGGAUGAGAAGAUGUAGCAGAUCCUGUGCUACGGCGGUGUGCGUGGAACUGAGGAGAUGAGCCCGCAUCACUCCCCUGCUCAGACACCCGAAGCAGCUCCCCAUUGCCUGCAGAUCUGCUUCUACUAAGGAGAUUCUGGCUCUCACCCUUUUUCCAGCCUUGGUUCCCUCUGUCAGCCUCUACUUCCUGUUCCACCAAAGCGUUUGUGUUCACUGCCCUUUCCUUCUGGACGCCUCCCCUGUGCCUGGGGGUCCCUCUCUCCCCAGUUCACCUGUGUGGCCCCCCUCCCCACCCGGGGUCCCUGCGAACUGCACUUCCGUUGUGAAUCAUCGGAGCUGGCGAAUUUCACCUUUCCCCAGCGCCUGCUCUCCCUGCUCUAUCUCAGAGCUCACCUCCCUCUGUUUUGAGUUUUUGUUACCUGUGAGGUUGCCGCUCCCCACCAGACUGUGAGCCUCUCAAGGGGGAGGCCUGGCCUUCCCGUCUUUGCGCCCUUCAACACUCUGCACUGUGCCUUGCCUGUUGUAGGUGCCCAAUAAAUGUUUGCUGAGCUGAAUUGAA